GUGUCUGAAAAACUUGGAAUUCGGAUGCUGCCGCCUGAGAUGGAGCAGAAAGAUGGUCAGGGAAGCUUGCGGCCAGCUUCUCCAGUUCAGCGGCCCCGAGCCCGGCCCGCCCCCGCUGAGCCGCCCCUCGGAGGGCGAGGAGACCUUGGCCCAGUCGUUGCCCCGGCCCGGCCCCAUCGGGCCGCAGCUGAAGCUGCUGCCCAUGAACGACCAGAUCCGGGAGCUGCAGACCAUCAUCCGCGACAGAUCCGACUUGUGGUGGAGGAAGGGUUGAAUCAGCUGCCUUACACGGAAUGCACAGUGACCACUCCAACAGGGUACAAGUACGAAGGUGUGAAAUUUGAGAAAGGAAACUGCGGAGUCAGCAUCAUGAGAAGUGGGGAGGCGAUGGAGCAAGGCCUGCGGGACUGUUGCCGAUCCAUACGCAUCGGCAAGAUCCUGAUCCAGAGCGACGAGGAGACGCAGAGAGCCAAAGUGUACUAUGCCAAGUUCCCCCCCGACAUCUACCGAAGGAAAGUCCUCCUGAUGUACCCAAUUCUGAGCACUGGGAACACUGUGAUCGAGGCGGUGAAAGUUCUCAUAGAGCACGGCGUCCAACCCAGCGUCAUCAUCCUGCUCAGCCUCUUCUCCACCCCCCACGGUGCCAAAUCAAUCAUCCAGGAGUUCCCCGACAUCACCAUCCUAACCACAGAAGUUCACCCCGUUGCGCCAACCCACUUCGGACAGAAGUACUUUGGGACGGACUAAGUUACGGGAGGAGCACGGGCUGAAACCGGGUAACGUUGCGACGGUGGGCUCCAUCUGUUUCGCUCGGGGAUUGAGAUGGGAGGCUGAGGCAGGUUAAGGCCGAAGGGGAAACUCUCAAGAGCUAUUUUCGGGUUUUUUUUGGAUUAUUUCUUGACGGCUGGAACCACGUGCAAUAAAUGAGGCGCUCUGAAUAAGCGGAGGAAGCUCGGAUAAUAACGCGCUUAUGCCGAUCACUGAACCCCGUGCUUUGAUUGACUUAUCUGAUCUCUGCACUGCCUCGUCCGCAGCUGCUUGCAGCUCCGAAAUAAAACCAAAACAAGAGCCAGUGCUCUGGGGCUUUUUUGCUUCCCCCCCCACCACUUAGAUUUUAGUUUUCGAGGGCGCGUUGUGGGGAUGUGGUUUCACCUCUCUCCACCUUGGCGAGUCAGAGGGCUGGCUCAGAGUCAGGCACCCGCACGGGGUUUGGCUUUUGCGCGCGCUCCAGGGCUCGCUUCUCCGAGCCGGGAAAAGCCGCGCGACCCCCGACGGCCCUGCGGAUCAGAAACGGACGAGUGGGUCGGAGGGGAGAGGCAGAGUGUCUGGCUGAAAAGUGAGAAACCAAAACUGAUGUUUUCCCGGGAGGACUCGGCUUGGGAAAUGAGGGGCUGGACCCGUCCCAUUUCGCUACACUCAAAUGAGUGUGCAUUCCCAUUUAGACUUUGGAAAGGGAGAAGAAAACUGCGCUUUCCAAACGGAAGUUUCUGUGUCUGCUGGUCAACCCCCACCCCAGCGGAGGUGAUGACGGUGAUAAUAAAAACUCCAAAUGGUUUUUUUUUGA